GGGACGUCGAUGAUGCUGAGGAGAGCGGCGCACUGGUGAAUUUUUAUGAGCCGCCACCGCAGUUCGUAAGAUAUGUGAUGAUGGAUCAUAUAAAUCGUAUUUCAUUGCUAGGACGGCCAUAACGACAGCGGACAGCGCGCGAAUUUAUCAAAGGUGAGAAUGCAGUGAUGAGUCACGGAGGAAAUACCCUCCUUAUUCACCCUGGACCCCUUAUCUUCUUCAUCUGAUGCCAAUGAUGAAGCUGUAACGCAACCUGCGUGAUUUUCUUGUGGGCAAGGCUACCUCGCAUGGUUCACUAGAUUUGAAGUUCAUCCAGCGGCAGGAUGAUCGAGGAGGGCAGCAAACGAGGCAAGGCCAUGGUGGAGAAGAGACAGCUCUUCAUGGAGAUGCGGGCACAAAACUUUGACGUGAUCAGACUGUCAACCUAUAGGACUGCUUGUAAACUCCGAUUUGUGCAGAAGAGGUGCAACCUUCACCUUGUGGACGUGUGGAACAUGAUCGAAGCCUUCCGAGACAAUGGGCUGAACACACUGGACCACACCGCAGAGAUCAACGUCUCCCGCUUGGAGACCAUCCUGUCAUCCAUCUACUACCAGCUGAACAAGCGCCUGCCCACCACACACCAAAUCAACGUGGAGCAGUCCAUAGGCCUGCUGCUGAACUUCAUGGUGGCUACCUAUGACAGUGAAGGUCACGGGAAACUGACUGUGUUCUCUAUGAAGUCCAUGUUGGCUACCAUGUGUGGAGGGAAAAUAGUAGACAAGCUACGCUACGUGUUCUCCCAGAUCUCGGACUCCAGUGGGGUGAUGGUGUUCGCAAAGUUUGACCAGUUCCUGCGGGAGGUGCUGAAGCUUCCCACGGCCGUGUUCGAGGGGCCGUCGUUCGGCUACACCGAGCACUCCGUACGCACAUGCUUCCCCCAGCAGAAGAAGAUCCUACUGAACACGUUUUUGGAUGUGUUAAUGGCCGACCCCCCUCCACAGUGCCUAGUGUGGCUACCUCUCAUGCACCGACUGGCUAAUGUUGAAAAUGUCUUCCAUCCAGUGGAAUGUUCCUACUGCCGGAGUGAGAGCAUGAUGGGUUUCCGGUACCGCUGCCAACAGUGCCAUGGUUACCAACUCUGCCAGAGCUGCUUCUGGCGUGGCCAUGCCAACGGUCCCCAUAGCAACCAGCACCAGAUGAAGGAGCACUCUUCCUGGAAGUCUCCAGCUAAGAAGCUGAGCCACGCCAUCAGCAAGUCUCUGGGGUGUGUCCCCAUUGGCGAGCCCCCCCACCCCGUGUUCCCUGAGCAGGCGGAGAGACCCCAGGACCAGCCCCACACCAUUCAGCCGAAGCCAGUGGCCAACAACAUGAACGACACUAUGCUCAUGUCCUCUGGGGCACCUACUCCUAACAAAAGUGUGUUGGAGAGCCCCAGCAGGCUGGAUGAGGAGCAUCGCCUCAUCGCUCGCUACGCUGCGCGCCUUGCAGCCGAAGCAGGCAACUCCACAGUGAGUGACCCCACACAAUGUCCUCCAACAGACCUGAGUUUCAACUUCGAUGCCAACAAGCAGCAGAGACAGCUGAUAGCCGAGCUGGAAAACAAAAACAGGUCCCUCAGGGAGAUCCUCCAGGAGAUCCAGAGGUUGCGGCUGGAGCACGAGCAGGCCUCCCAGCCCACGCCUGAGAAGGCCCAGCACAACCCCACCCUGCUGGCAGAGCUGCGCCUCCUCAGACACAGGAAGGAUGAGCUGGAGAGGCGCAUGUCAGCGCUGCAGGAGAGCAGGAGGGAGCUGAUGGUGCAGCUGGAAGGACUGAUGAGGCUGCUGAAGGUAGGAGAGGACGAGGAGCAAAAGCAGGCAGCCCAGACAGGGGGCUCGCCCCACUCCUCCCCCAGCCACGGCGCAGGCUGCUCCAUGCCCAUGCCCAUACGCUCCACCUCAGCAGGCUCCACCCCGACCCACACCCCCCAGGACUGCCUCGCAGGGGUGGGGGGCGACGUGCUGGAGGCCUUCGCUCAGGGUGUCCCCAGAAAUCUACGGAAUGAUCUUUUGGUGGCCGCAGACUCGAUCACAAACACCAUGUCCUCCCUCGUGAAAGAGCUCCACUCAGUAGAUGACGCUGCCGAGGAAGAGGAAAGCCACAUGCGGAACGGCGGAGGCAGGGACGCAGAAUGAACAGUGUAAAGCGCAGUAAGCAGACGGUCAGAGAAGAGUGUCUGGAUGUGGCUGGAAAUGCUUCAGUGACAACAACCCCCAAGGCAUUAGCACAUAGAGUAAUGCAUGCUGUGACUUAACAGGAUUUCACUAUGUGAACUAAAAAUGUUUUCAUUACACCUUGCAAGAAAAAAAAGAGCAAGAUGUGUCUGUUAGCUCUGUUUGUUCUGUAUAAAACUGCUGUAAUUACCCAAUGAUUUCCCUCACGACUGCAAAGGAAUGACUUACUGUGCUUUCUCCCCUGCUGUUCUAUUCAAGCAGAUCAUUCUGUAUAUACUGUACUGUACACAUGACCUCGGGAACUCCAACCUGAAAACAAAGCUUAUUUCCAUGACACUGUUACCAGUCAUGGCUUUUGUAUGAUUUGCGCUUCAAAUAAUUGGGGUUUUGUUUUGAGUUUUCGUUGGUUUCCUUAGGGUUUUGCAUGAAGUUGCACUCCUGUCAGGGGGUUGAUGACUGCUGGGAUUUAGAAAUAUCAUGCCUCAGAUGUGCCCCUGAGGCACAUGCUGCUGUGUUCUCAGACAGACAUCCCUGCAGACAAAUGAGGGCUGUUAGGUAGACCCCUGGGGCUGCUAUCAAUCCAGGUUGAAUAGAUCUUAGAUAUUGAUUCUAGUUAUCAACCAGGACGUGGAAUGGCUCCUCUCGUUCUUAUCUCGAUGACAACUGAGAGAGCACUUUCUAAAUGCUCAGUAUGGACAUUUCAAACUCGUUGGUCUCUCUUCCCAGUAGUUUAAAAGUAUUGUUUGAACAAAAGGUGAUCGGUGAGUGGGUGGGGGCGAAAGCGGGAUGUUUAAGUAAAUACUGUUAAAGUAAUCACAUCUAUAUCUAUAGGUGAGGAUGUGGAAGAAAACACGUCAGUGCACGAGUAAAAGAUGAUACGAUAGCUUUAUAUAGUUAAAACAUGAACUGGAAACACAAAUAUCGAAGUGAAAUGAAACGAUGGGUGCUCAGGGACUGUGGAAAUAGGUUGAGGUAGCAGUGGCUUUUAACUAAUAGAUGUAAUCAACUCCAGACAUGUCUGGGGUUGGUGGGUGUCAAGGGUCAGUCUGGGCCAUAAAUUAUAUAGAGGGAGAGAGGACAGCGAGGGGUUAAAAGCUCUGUUUGCAUUGGAACGGAGAGGGUUUUGUCUGAAGUGCUUAUUGGGUCAGAGCAUGUUGUUAAUGUAGCUAGGUGUCUGCCUGGGAUAGGUAGAGCUUUGUGGUUACUGGGAGCCACUGUGGUGGACAGGACAGAGAUACUUGAAUCAGAUCAGGUCCAAUGUUUGCUUAUUUUUACUCAUUUGUCUUCUGGUGAGUGGGGGCCGUUUUAUCAUUAAGGGUGGUCAUAGGUCUCUGAAAAACAAGCGCUGAAAUCAACUUCUAGAUACCAUUGUAAAGUUUAAUAAUGAUGAUGCUAUAAAGAGUCAGAGUGCAAAUCUGUUCAGUUCAUGCAAUUAAAAUAAAAAGGUAAAGUCGGUAAAAUGACUGUAUGGUACAAGCCAUUGGUUAAUCAAUGAACUGUUCUGACUUUGUACAGAAUUUCUGAGAGCACGCUAGACAUUUUACAUUGAGAUUUGUACAGUCAGUCUAUUCUAUAAGCUACAUUUAAGGUCUUAACAACCUGUUACACUGUGUAAGGAAACAGCUGAACAUAAAA